GUUUUCCAGAAGUGAAAGUGUUUCUCCUUCAGCCUCGGGACCAUUUUGUUGCUGUUCGGAGAAAAUAAUAAAACUAAAGAAAAACUGCAACUCCAGGCAGAAGCGGUGAGAUGAAUGAAGCCCAGCAUGGAGUGCUGAGUAAAAGAGCCUCAUUUAUUCAACUCGUGAGUAAUUCAAGAGAUCAGUGUCUUCAGGAAUCAGCAGUGAGUCCAUGAGCUGUGUGUCCAUAUGCUAAUAUUCAAAAAUGGAGAGCUGUGAUCUGGACACAGAUAAUGUGACCCCACCCUCAGAAAAGCGUGAACUCCAGAGAAAGAGAUCAGACUCCCCAGAACCCAGCUGUGUCUCCAUGAAGAGUGAUCGGUCUAUGGAUCGGCCUCCUUUGGAGUUUAAAAAUAGAGACUCCUCACCUGUACACAGUGUUUUACAGAAGGCAGGAGACAGAAGAGAAAAGAUCUUUAUCACAGAUACAGGGUUGUAUGAUUGUGGUGUCUCAGAUGAAGGCUGUGCUGCUCUGAGUUCAGCUCUGAGAUCAAACCCCUCACACCUGAGAGAGCUGGAUCUGUCCUAUAAUACACUCGGAGACUCAGGAGUGAAGCGUCUCUGUGCUGGACUGGAGAAUCCUCACUGUAAACUGGAGAUACUGGGGUUGUGGGGUUGUGGUGUCUCAGAUGAAGGCUAUGCUGCUCUGAGUUCAGCUCUGAGAUCAAACCCCUCACACCUGAGACACCUGAAUCUGAACUAUAAUAAACUGGGAGACUCAGGAGUGAAGCGUCUCUGUGCUGGACUGGAGAAUCCUCACUGUAAACUGGAGAUACUGAGGUUGUGGUGUCUCAGAUGACGGCUGUGCUGCUCUCGCUUCAGCUCUGAGAUCAAACCCCUCACACCUGAGAGACCUGGAUCUGUUCAGAAAUAAAAUAAGCGACUCAGGAAAGAAGCUGCUCUCUGCUCUCAAGAAUGAUGAACAUUACAAACU